AUGUGGGGGGCGCCCCAGCCGGGGCGCAAAGGGGUCUGGAUGCCGCUUGCUGCCAGUGACCCCCCCAGCCUCCUGCUCCAGCCGUUAAUCGCGUCUGGGCAGCAAGCGCCAACUCUGAACCCCGGGGCAGGGGCGUCCCGCUGGAGCCUGGGACCCCAGCACCCGGCCACCUGCGAGCACACGACAGGGCCACGUGCGAGCACACGACGGUGCCACGUGCGAGCAGGCCACGUGCGAGCACACGACGGUGACACGUGCGGGCAGGCCAGGUGCGAGCACACGACAGGGCCACGUGCGAGCACACGACGGUGCCACGUGCGGGCAGGCCAUGUGCGAGCACACGACGGUGCCACGUGCGAGCAGGCCACGUGCGAGCACACGACGGGGCCACGUGCGAGCACACGACGGUGCCACGUGCGGGCAGGCCACGUGCGAGCACACGACGGUGCCACGUGCGGGCAGGCCACGUGCGAGCACACGACGGUGCCACGUGAAAGCACAUGCGUGCAGUGUUAUCGAAGGGGCCCGGUUCUGGUCUCGCUCCCUGUGCGAAGCUGGGGGCUGCGUGCUGGGUCUCCAUCCGUGGCCUGGUGUGGGUUUGGCGGCCUGCCCCCAGCCCGGGGGGUGGAACUACCUGUCCCAGCAGCGUCCCUCUCCCCCGGCAGGAUGGCGUGCGAGCUCUUCCUCCUCUCCUCCCUCUGGUUCCUCUUCCUCAUCUUCUGGAUGGAGACCAUCAGCCUCUGGCUCUUCCUGUGCAACUUCUACCAGGACCGAGCCUUCUACCACUGGGGGGAGCGGGUGUUGGUCUCUGACCCAGGCCACGUGCUCUACAUCUUCGCCAGCAGCGCUGGGCCGGGCCGGCCGCCGACCUGCUCCCAGCACAGCGGCUGGGGAAGACGAGCACACGGCUGGUCCCUGGCCGGCUGGAGGACGCGAGGUCAGAGGUGGGGAUCCCAGGGUAGGAGGCUCCUGCUGCCCCCACCGGGCUCAGACCCCAGCCAGGCACCGUAUUGAACCCUGGCCGGUGAGGGACCCGUGUGCGCAGCUGGCAGAGCGACGGGAGCCAGGGCAUCGGGGGCUAGGACUUGCGCCCAGCUGCUGGAGCUUGGGAGGGGCACAUGGCCCCAUCCCCUACCCCACACUUGGAGGGACAGAGGCAGCGCUGGUGCUGCAGGCCAUGGCUGGUAUCCAGAGCCAGGACGCCUGGGUUCUUCUCCCCUUUGUGAGGCCUCCAGUGCAACCGCCCCCUGCCCCGGGGCUAAUGUGGAGCUAGCUGCUGGGGGAGGCACGAAACGUAACUAGCCCCUCUGCGGGGGUGCAGGCCACUGUGCUGGGUCCUGCGCCGUUAGAGCAGCCUCGGGGCUGCUCUCAGUUCUGCUCUAGCCCCCUGGGCAAUGGGGAGCAGCAAGCGUGGGAGUGGAGCGCUCUGCCCCCUGCGCACUGGAGCCCCAGGGGCCUGGUCCCCUCCACUGAGAGGAGCCCACGGGGGCUGAGGAGGGGACACGGCCGCGCGGUGCAGCCCGGAUACCUGCACGACCCAGGGGGUCCUGUGUAAAUAAAGAGCUUCAGCAGCA